UCAGUGGGAUAACAUCAGGAGGGUUUGUCUAGGCGAGCCAAUUAGGUCCCACCCCUGCUAUAGAUCGCUGCUAUAAUACAAAGCAGUAAAAGCGCUCAGCUCACACAAGCGACUGCAGUUUUAACCAGAGAUCCCGUGGCUUUUAAUUCUCUCACUACUUUUCUUUUUUUUUUUUUAUCCUCUGUCAAUGUGCCCCGUUACUACCGUCUGACUGAGGCGCUCAUUUCCGCACCUGCCGCGGUAAGACACUAAGAGAAGCGGGUGGAAAGAGGAAAAAAAAGAAGAGAGGAGACAAGGACAUCGGAGGCUUUGACAAAACAGCAGCAGCGGUUCCUCGUUAUUUCUUUCUUUCGUUUUUUUUUUUUUUUUUUUUUUUUUUUAGAUCUUUUUCUUUUAUGUUUAACAUGCAUCAGCGCUGGACCACAAUCGCAUCUGUGGCUCUCAUCUGCUUGUCCUUGGUGUCCUACGCGGUGGGAUGCGGACCGGGCAGGGGCUACGGCAGGAGGAGACACCCCAAGAAGCUGACACCUCUGGCGUACAAGCAGUUCAUCCCCAACGUGGCGGAGAAGACCCUGGGGGCGAGCGGUAGAUACGAGGGCAAGAUCACACGGAACUCCGAGCGCUUUAAAGAGCUCACUCCCAAUUAUAACACAGACAUCAUCUUCAAGGAUGAGGAGAACACAGGAGCAGACAGGAUGAUGACUCAGAGAUGCAAGGACAAACUGAACUCUCUGGCCAUCUCUGUCAUGAACCAAUGGCCCGGGGUGAAGCUGCGGGUCACAGAGGGCUGGGACGAGGACGGACACCACUUCGAUGAGUCCCUGCACUAUGAGGGCAGGGCGGUGGACAUCACCACCUCGGAUAGAGACAAGAGCAAGUACGGUACCCUGUCCAGACUCGCUGUGGAAGCUGGAUUCGACUGGGUCUACUAUGAGUCGAAGGCCCACAUCCACUGUUCUGUGAAAGCAGAAAACUCGGUGGCAGCAAAGUCAGGCGGCUGCUUCCCAGGCUCCUCCACGGUCACCCUGCAGGAUGGGACCCAGAUGGCGGUGAAAGACCUGCAGAUGGGCGAUAAGGUUCUAGCUGCGGACGGCCGUGGGAACCCGGUUUACACCGACUUCAUCAUGUUCAUCGACCGAGACUCCGCCACCAGCCGGACCUUCUACGUAAUCGAGACAGAUUCGGGCCAGAAGAUCACCCUCACUGCCGCGCAUCUCAUCUUCGUCGCGCACGAGAACUCCACGCAGUCUGCGGUGUUCGCGAGCGACGUGACACCCGGACAGAAGGUGUUCGUCCACGACGGGGAGCGGGAUCGGCUCGUGGCUGUGAACGUGAAACGGAUUUACACCCAACAGCACGAGGGCUCCUUCGCACCGGUGACGGCGCACGGGACCGUGGUGGUGGACCAGGUCCUGGCGUCCUGUUACGCGGUGAUCGAGGACCACCAGCUGGCGCACUGGGCCCUGGCGCCGGUCAGGAUCGCCCACUGGGUGUCCUCGUCGCUGUUCAGCUCCAGGCCUAAGGUCAGCGCGCACAGCGAAGGGGUGCACUGGUACUCCAAACUCCUUUACCAACUGGGGACGUGGAUCUUAGACGACCACUCGAUGCAUCCACUGGGGAUGUCAGCAUAUCCAAGCUGAAAAAACCCACAGGAACAGAAUAAGACUCGAGUACAUUCGAUCUAUCCAGUAGAAUGACAUAUUAAAUAAUAAUAAAAUCAAAAUAAACG